UCUGUUGCUCCAUGUCUCCUCCACUCUCUUCCAUCUAUUAUCCAUCUUUCUUGAAUUUUUUUUUCUUUUUUUUUUCUUUUUCAAUAGUAAUGGCGAAUGCUUCCAGUUUAACGUCUGUGAAUGCUAUGGUUGCUCCAGCCAACCCGCUGUUGAUCACCCACAGGACCAAUCUUUUCCUUUCUGGUUUUCGUGUCACUACCUCUCAGAAAUCUUCUUCCUCUUUUCAAUCUCUCAAGGUUGAGGCCACAGGUAGCAACAAAGAAACAAAGCCAAAAAGCAUUGUUUGUGGCGAUUGUGAUGGAAAUGGCGCAAUCUUGUGCACACAAUGCAAAGGAACCGGAGUGAAUUCCGUUGAUCACUUUAAUGGUCAAUUUAAAGCAGGGGGAUUAUGUUGGCUCUGCAGAGGAAAGCGGGAUAUCUUAUGCGGGAAUUGCAACGGUGCAGGCUUUAUUGGUGGAUUCAUGAACGCACCUGAUGAUUAAGAUUUUAUGAGACAAGUUGGAAAUGAGGAAAAGUGUUUUCGCAUGUAAUAGCAAAACAGCGUCUUUUUUUUUUAUCUGCAGUAUGAUUAACUGCUGGUUUUCAUAUCAACCAAGCUUUGACAAUCUUCUGAUUGAUGCCUUGAGACAUAUUGGAGUGGUUGCUGCUUUGUGGAUCUGUUGCUUAAUAUAAUGGAUUUUGAACAUCA